UUCAUGUACGUCAUUCAAUGCAAGUGUAAAAAAUUAACUUUCAGUAGCUCAAUAAAACGCGGCAUAUUAUUUAAAUAUUCUAGUCUAUAAAAUUUAAACUCGUUUGUUAAAAUUAUUCAUGAGCGAUAUUUAAAUUAUUUUUAUGAAGAAAACGUGCCUUUUCCAUGACAACUGGCUGAAUAAUAAGUUUUAAAAAAACUGAAAAACAAUAUCUAACUACUCGAAUUCACAGAAACACCUGCUGCGUAAGUUUCAGAAUGACUUCUAAUUGCAAUAUCAGUGAAGUAAAGAAACAUUACCGAGGGAAAGUUAAAAAAUAUCUUAAAAAAACGUUGUUACUCCAUGUAGGUGUACAGAUUUACACCCUUUUGGGUUCAAUAUUAUUUCUCUAUCUUGAGGAGUGUAUCGGAAAGAAUUAUGAGAGAACGCAGAGCAAAGUACAAGAUAUUUGUAUAGAAUUUAACAACACGCGGCAGGCGUGGGUUAAUUCGUCUUUACUUCAAAAAAUAGAAGAUAUUUGCGACAAAGAAAAGCAACCAUUAGGAAAGACUUGUGAAUUCUCUCAAAAGUUAAUAUAUAAAUGGUGGCAAUAUACAUUCACCGUUUGCUCUACCAUAGGAUAUGGAAAUGUAGCACCAUUAACUGAUAUUGGAAAGUUUUUUACCAUCGCCUAUGCAAUACCAGGCAUUGCCAUCGCAGUUACAGCUUACGCUUACGUUGGACGGCUAAUAAAUGUUCUUACGCAAUUUUCCAUUGUGUAUGUCCAACUAAAGAUCUGUGGUAAAGCUAGAGUUACACGAUUACAUUUAAAGGUGCUUCUUUUUCAAGCAAUUAUAACCGUUGUUGUUAUUUCACUUUUCGCUUCGAUGGUUUCACUCAAGCAAACGGAAAAUCUGCGUUACAUUGAUGCUGUGUAUUUUGCGUUCAUUUCUUUUACUACAAUUGGAUUUGGAGAUUUUAAUUAUGAUUUUGGAAAAUACAUCGACAAACUUCACUUGAUAAUCCCAAUAAAUCUCUUAUUUAUUGUUGGGCUUGGUUUGGUUGCGUCCUUAGUGACCACUGCAACUGCAGUAUUUAUGAAUGACAAAGAAGAAGAAGAAGAACUAUUUCGCUCUUAAAGUCAUCAGUCUUUCAGUGAAUGCUUUGCAAAAUCUGUACAUAGUAAACGAAAAGUGAGUCACUAUAAACACGCUGCGAAGUUACCCACCAACCCAUGACUAAUUUAACGAAAUGUUCGAUCGUUAUAACAGGUCCAUAAAUAAAACGAAAGGAACGAUGAAGAAACGUUUUUGAUGGCUGUCUUUUAGGUGAUUUUUUUUGUGCGAAAAUUGUAACUUUUCGGAUUAAUGCUUGGAAAUUUUGUUUAUUAAAAAAAAAAAAAAAUGCCCACCACCAAAGUGCGCAAUUGGACAAUUUUUAUCUAGCUACAUAUUCUGUCAUAUUUUAGUAUUGUAUUUCGUAAUGUGGGGAAAUUUGAAUAUUCGCUCGAUGUAAAGAGUGAAAAAAGGACAUUACAAAAUAAAGAGUAAAAGGCUGGCUUUUGAUUUGUGUUUUUGUAAGUUCCAUUUGCUACAUCGAUAUAAAUAGCACCGAAUAAGUUCGUAAAAAUGUUUUGGGAAUAUCUUAAAUUGACAGUUUGUUGGGAUUUUUAAGGCGAAUCUCCACCAGACAAUUUUUACGACAUCAAAUAUUUUGUAGAAAAGUAUAUGCGCAAAAUUUCAUCGCUGCAGCAAAAAUAUCGACUGACGAAAAGUAAAAAUGGUUUCUAUUUUUCGUCAAGUUUUAAAACCAAUUAAAAAGCAGAAAAACAUUAAUUAGAAAGAAGAGUGCUUUUAGAAGGAAUAGUUUAAAGAUGGCAUCCGAGCAUGGUCGUGUUGCGUUGUCUAAAAUAGUUCAACAACUAAAUGCAAAUCAAACAAAUAUUCAUAUCAAUUGUAAAAAAUAUUAUUAAUAAAAGUCUAAAAUCCACGCUUUCACGAAAACAAGUAACGCAUUUUAACAUUCGUCUAGAAUUCACGUUCGCUAAUUCAAUUAAAUUGAUAGAAUUGAAAUCGUCCAGAUUUUAAUUUAAUUGCGGUUUGCUUCUCCAUUAUACUUUUGUUUCGUCGCGAAUUUUUUCGAAAGUCAUUGAAAAAAUAGUCUUGUGGAGAUUUGCCUUUAAUUGUAAAUAUAUACAUGGUUGUUGAUGAUUGUCAUGACAUUGUGUGUUAAAAUUUCUUUCUCCUGUCAUUCUUUUCAAUU